AUGAACGGAGUUAAAGGUCCUACGCCCUUUUCACGACAAGACCAUGUGGACCUUGUGUGGUCUUUUCCCCCCGAUUAUAUGCAUGGUAUCCUUCUCGGUAUUGUAAAAUCGUUAUGGGUAAUGUGGAAGCGACAAGGCUGUUUGUCUGCAGCCGAUCGUCGUCAAAUUGAGAAACGUUACGUACAAAUCAGGCGACCACGCGAGAUCCAUCGUCGACCACGAACAUUGAAAGACAUUGCAAAAUUCAAACCAACGGAAUGGAAAUCUUGGUUGCUAUAUGAUAGUGUGCCAUGUUUGGAAGGGAUUCUUGAUGAAGACCGAUGGAAAUCCUACUGCUUACUUGUCGACUCUGUUGCAACGUUCCUAAAAACUCGAAUUACUCUAGAAGAAAAAGAUCGAUGCGAUAUACAAUUAUUGCAAUUUUUUGGUGACAGUCAGAAAUUCUAUGGGCCUGAGAUAAUGACGUUUAAUUUUCAUAUCGCAUUACAUGCUGGAGAGGCGAUAGAUCGAUGUGGCCCUUUGUGGUGUUAUUCCACUUUCCCAUUUGAGAACGGUAUUUUUCAUUUCAAGGGACACGUUUUAUCUUCGACCGGCGUGACUCUUCAAAUGACCAAUAAACACCUCAAACAUAUGGUACUCAAAUCAAAUAUCCGAAAUAACACCACAAGCCCAGCAUGUCGUGAUUUUUGUUUGAACCUUUGGAAACCAAAAUUAUUGAGAAAGUACCUUCGAACCGAAAACGAUUUAAUUCUAAUUGGGGCUGCACACGAUAGUAAACGGAUAUCGACAUUGUUCUCAAAAUUCCUCCAUUGCACAGGAAGAAAAAUCAAGUUAUACAAACGAUCCAUUUUUAGAGACAUGGUGUUACGAAGUAUCAAUUACAACCGCUCGAAAAAAACAAAUGACACCGUUGUAAAACUGAGAGACCACAAAUUUUUCCGUAUUCAUAAUUUUAUUUACGAUGGUAGUAAAGGCUAUGUCCAUGGACGACAGAUAUCUGCCUCCAUUUAUGAAUACAAUGGAGUAAUAAUUCAUCACCUGUUCCGAGUGACGUGUUGUAAUGGACCGGAAUUGAUUAUUGAUCCCAACGAGAUUGAAGAAAAACUUAUAUUUUUCACUAUUGAUGAUAAAACGUAUAUUGCCUGUUUCCCCAAUAAUGUUGAAAUUCAGUGAUACGAAAUAUUUCAUGAUUCUAUCCAUACCUCGUAAUUCGUUAUCCAUCAGCAGAAAAUUUUAUUACUGAACGAUUCUUGAGGAGUUCGAGAACUAAUGGAAGUGGUACCAAUGGAUAUGAGAGUGCAGAGCAUAUUUAAUCCUUUUAUGAAUGAAUUAUGCCAAUGGCUCUAGAGGACAGUCCUUAUAAUCCAAUUAUUAGAGAGUGAUUGAAUGAGAAAUUGAUGAGAAUUAAUGAGGGGAAAGCAGGGGUUUAAAAUAUUGUACUUUUUCUGUGAAAGCGUCGAUUAUUCCUUGAAUCACGUCCAAUUCUGGAAUUAUGGAUAGAAGGAAAGAAAUGUCCAAAUAUGACUUCUUUCCUCAUGUACAUAAACCGGUUCUUGUUUUAAAGUAAUAGUUAUUUUCAUCACAAGGUCCACAAAGUAUUUUCUG